AUGUCUCCUUCUCUCUCUUCUCUCUCAAUACGGGGCGUAUCUCCCAUGCUCGUGACAUCGGAUGCACCUAUUACUCCUCCGAUGUCGCCAGGUCAUAGCGAACAAGACGACGACAUUCCAAUUGACAACGACGAAGAUAUUGUUGUUGACGAGGAUCCAAUUUCUCAAGAAAGUGCUGAGGAACAGCCACCGGCUUCUGCUACUUCUUCAGAAGGUCAGAGACCGGCAAGGUUGCUAGAAGAUGAGACAGUUCACCUUCACAACGGCGGGCUGAGACUCACAGACUUUGAAGUGCGGGGCACACUAGGGACGGGUACCUUCGGACGUGUUUUACUAGUGAGACACCGUAACCCCAGUACCCAGAGCCAUUUUGCCCUCAAAGUACUCCGAAAAAGCGAGAUUAUCCGUCUUCGCCAAGUCGAGCAUGUAAAUGCUGAGAGAUAUAUCCUCUCUCGAGUCCAACAUCCAUUCAUCGUCGAUCUUUUUGCCACCUUCCAGGAUAGCCUCAAUGUAUAUAUGUUAAUGUCCUACGUACCGGGCGGCGAACUUUUCACCCAUCUUCGUCGCGCAGUGCGCUUCACACCGGAUGUUACACGAUUCUAUCUCGCCACAAUCAUCCUGGCUCUCAAAUAUCUCCACUCUUUCAACAUCAUUUAUCGCGAUUUGAAACCAGAAAAUCUGCUUCUCGACUCGCGAGGAUAUCUACGCUUAACUGAUUUUGGUUUCGCCAAAAUUGUGGAUGACCGUACUUGGACUCUCUGUGGGACUCCGGAGUACCUCGCUCCGGAGAUUAUACAGUCUGAUGGGCAUGGAAAAGCCGCUGAUUGGUGGGCUUGCGGUGUUCUAUGUUAUGAGAUGCUUGUCGGGCAUCCUCCGUUUUACGAUGAAAAUUCGGUGUAUGGGAUCUACGAGAACAUCUUGAGCGGAAAUAUCCAGUGGCCGAGAUAUGUUGAUUCCCUAUCUCGUUCACUCAUCAAGUCCUUCCUUAACCCGGACAGAACCAAACGACUGGGAAAUAUGAUCGGAGGACCACAGGAUAUUCUGGAUCAUCCCUGGUUUAGAGGUGUUGAUUGGGAUUUGUUAGAAAGAAGAGGUAUCAGUGCGCCAAUUAUUCCCCACACCUCGUCGGGCGACGACACCAGACACUUUCUACAUCUCUCCUUUCCACCUCUGGACGAGAUGCCUGGUCUUCUUGGCGAAGAAGAUCAACAAAAUAAUCGCCUGAACCCGUCUUCGUAUCAGUUUCUCGAAUUCUGA